AUGGAACAUCCAGCAUAUACUUUGAGCUUACUAGCCGCCACAGGCGGCAUCAUGGGCUACGCCCGCAAGAGAUCCGUUCCCUCCCUCGUCGCAGGCCUCGUUUUCGGCGGCAUCUACGGAUACGCGGGCUACUUGCUCCACCACAACCGCGACAACGGUCUCGAGAUAGCUCUGGGAGCCUCGCUGGUCAUGAUGGCCACCGGCGUUGCAAGAGGCAUCCCCUCGCGCUUCCGCAAGCCGGUCCCACUCGCCCUGACCGUCCUCGGCUCCCUGGGCUCCUACUACUACUACAACAAGUACAGGGAGUUCUACCCCUGA